AUGCAGGAAGAGUUUGAAGUCAACAAAGCAUCUACAAAGGUAAAUUCAUUCAGCAUCAGUUCUAUCCUGUCUGACGAUUCGAUAGGGAAGAAGAAUACCACACCUUUGAAGCGAAAGUGUGGCGAAUUGAAGCGAAUCGCCAUUGGGAGACAUGGAGUAGCGCAGUUGACGCAGCCAGACUCGAACCAUAGUCAAGUUACAGUGACACUGGAAAACAGAGGAUUGUGGGAACUAUUCUAUGACGUUGGUACUGAAAUGGUUAUCACAAAGUCUGGAAGGCGAAUGUUCCCGGCAAUGAAGUUCACGGUUAGUGGUCUUGACGCUUCCCUGCGAUAUAGCAUCAUGAUGGACACAGUACCAGCUGACAGCUACAGGUAUAAGUAUCAUGAAUCAGAAUGGCUAGUUACUGGUAAAGCAUAUCCUGACGUGCCACGUUCGAAGCGCAUCCAUGUUCACUCUGAAUCACCGGCAAAUGGUGCCAAAUGGAUGUCAUCUGUCAUUUCUUUCCACAAAGUCAAAAUCACAAAUAAUUCUAGCGAUUGUAAAAGUGGCCACAUUGUCCUUAACUCUUUGCACAAGUAUCAGCCUCGAAUUCACAUCGUACAGGCACCAAGUCUCGAUGGCAUUACUGAAAAAGAUGCAAUGACGUUUUUAUUCCCCGAGACAACAUUUAUGGCAGUAACUGCAUACCAAAGUGAACAGAUAACGCAGCUGAAAAUCGAUAACAAUCCUUUUGCGAAAGGUUUCAGAGACCCAAGCCCAAGUGAUUUAGAAAGAGCACGACUAAUGAACGCAAUGCAUUAUGGUAUGCUUGGAGGUGACAUUUCCUUUGGACCAAACCUAGCAAGUUUGCAUAUGCCGUCAGGAAUUUGCCCCAGAAAGCAGUGUGUAUUACCGCAGAAUGACGCUUGGAUGGUGCAACAACCAUUGCUCCCAUCACUCCCACCACCCCCGCAGUACACGGCACAAAUUAAUCCGAAAGAAGCACCUUCUCCGAAGCGAGCUAAACUAUCGUUGGAUCGAAAUUGUUCUCCUUCUUGUCCUUGUUCCUUCAAACAACAAUACCCGGGCAAGCAAGAGCAGAAUCCAAAUCUUAACCGAACUGAAAGCAUUUUUCAAAUACACGGACCAUCCGUUUCAAAGGCUGAUUGCGCAUGCGCUAACCCAUUCAAUCCGGCCAUAGCUCACCAUUACGAACAUUUGAGAAGACAGAACAGUGCUGCUGAGUCUGGACCAAUCAGGCUAAAUAUAAUGAAUGUAGGACAUUCCGACCACAAUGGGCCUGUCCCUGAACGAUCGAUCUGUGCAUGCUGUGUUAGAACAGAUCUCAGGCAAGGACACUGGAGCAACGAACUUAGGUUUAGAAAUAUAAAACCACCAAUUUUUAAUGUAGCUCCAUUUUGAGAAAACGCUUGGAAAGUUAUUUCAUUCUCAAAAUAAAAUAUUGUGAGUUUUGCGAAUAGUUUUAUUUAUUUCAUUAAUAUAUAAGUCAUUUUAUUGAUCUUAAAUCAACCGUGACCAUUUUACAAAAUUUAUUUUCCACUCUGAAUCGCUUGGUUACUUGAAAAGCUCAAACUUCUUUAUAUUUAUAUGAUUAACGGUUUCAACAAAUCACUGUACUAUUCAAAGAUUUUUAUCCAGUUUCUUUUGCUCGUAUAGGAAAAAGAGGCUUGCCGAUCAAUGUUCUCUCAAUAUUUGAACACUUGUCACCAUCCACAUUGGUGAUUGUCUCUAUCUGUCAUUUUCGAAUACAUCUAUACAUCAGUGAUGUCUUUUGGUACAUAUGGGAAAUAAUUCAAUAUAAUUUGGCUAUUGUCAAGCCAACUUGCUUAGCAUUGCGUUCAAGGCAAUUGUUUUUUUGCAGCAAAGCAUCCAAGAUGCAAAGCAUGUUAAUUUUUGUAUCUAGUUGGGAGCGGUUAAUUUAUUUCGAAGCAAUUUAUUGAAGAUUUAUAGGCAUUUGGUAGUGAUGUUUUGCAUUCAAAUUAUCCCUCGAUUGUUAAUUAUGUCGAUAUCAUUCGUUAUUGAAUCACGUUGUGUAACAGCUCUAUUUUUGUACAUAAAGUUUAAAUCGAUUAGAUCCCAGAUAUUCUGGAGACAAUUUAUUUUCUUAUUUAAUCACUUCGAAUUUUCGAAAUAUUGGCCACUUAGUCAAGUAUGCAAUGUUGAUGAUGGGAGCACGAUCCUGGAUUAAUUUAAUGAAUGUAUUAAUAACGAAGAAAUGUAUGGAUUUUAAAAGGUUUUAAACUGCAUUCAAAGAGUGUCUUUCAUUAAAGGUUGAAGCAUCGUAACAAAA